CUCGUUCUCUUUUCCCCUUCUUCCUUCUCUUCUCUCUUUCUCCCGCUCGCUCCCUUCCUCGCGCGCGGGAAUCUCCGAAAAGAAGUCGAUACAAAUUACAGGUAUUUCUUCUUCAAAUGGGUGAGCAAAAUCCUACUCCACCAGCAGCUCCUAAAUCACUGGAUCCUGAAAGAGAAGAAAGGACAAAUGCAACCGCAAAAACAAAUUGCGACGAGAAGUUUCUCCCUCGUUACCUGAUGCCUUUGCAAGGUUCACGUCACGAUUUAUGCAAAACGCAGAGAAAAAUGGAUACCGUCAGCUCACUGACUUUCUUAACUAGUAAUGAGAACAUUCUUUCUCGGUACUUAGUGCCUUCUCAAGGUUCUUGCCAUGAUACGUGCAAAUAUGGUCAUAAGCAUGAAGGCGAGGAAGCUUCGAGAAAGCACUCCUUUUCAAGGGCUUUUGGCAAUAAUCAGAACGAAGAGCACGAUCAACUGAAUUUCGUAUCUGUGAAACAUAGACAAAAAACAGACUUCACGAGUGUUCCAAACCAGAAAUUGGAGAUCAAGUCAAAGACAGGUCAGACAAAAGAACAAAUCUCUGAUAAGUUCAAACUCAACGAGGAGAUUGAUCUUCCACCUGAUAAGAUCAUUCUGACUUUUAAUCCAACUCUCAAUCUGGCAGGCUUGGAGCUUAGUUCUCCAAUAAAUGAGCAAAAAACUAUCGCAUCUCUUGACAAUUCAGCUGCAGCAAAAGUUGACGAAUCUAUUGAAAAUGGAAUUGAUCAGCAUGAGUUAGUUAACACAGAAACAGUGUUAGUUCAUACACCGGUAGCUGUGGAACUUGAAAGAACAGCCAUACAGAGUGAGUUUUCUUUUCACAAUGAUGCGCUCAUCGCUGAAGUAGGCGAGUUACCUAAUAAACUUUUUGGCUUAAAGUCUAAGGUUUCAUCAACUGUCAAGGGAAACACUGAAUUUGAACAUGAAAGAGCAAAUCCAUCGGAAAUAUUUUCAGUAGAGACUACUCCAAUUGCAGAUGAUAUUGUGCCUGGUGAGUGUCAAACACCAAAUGGAGAAAAGGAAUCCUAUAAUAAACUGAUAGGCAGCAAGGAAACUGUUCAUCGAUCAUCUAAGGAGCCAUUAAGUUUGAAAUCGAAGAACUACAAAAGCAAACAAUCUGCUAAGCAAAUACCUGCUCGUGAAGAAUUAGCAUCUAAACAAGCUUUGGGCAUUAAGCUGAAGACACCACUGGAACUUGAAAGAACAGCCAUACAGAAUGAAUUUUCUUUUCACAAUGACGCAGUCAUAACUGAAGUAGGAAAGUCAACUAAGAAACAUAUUGACUUAAAGUCUAUGGUUUCAUCAACUGCUGAGGGAAAAACUGAUUCUGAAUAUGAAAGAGCAAAUCCAUCAGAAGUAUUUUCAGUAGAGCAUACGAGCAUGGAAUUGAUACCUCCAACACCAUUCACAGAUGAUAUUGCGCCUGGUGAGUGCCAAACUUCAAACGGAGAAGAGGAAUCCUAUAAUAAACCAAUAGACAACAUGAUGGAAAGUGUUCAUCGAUCAUCUAAAGAGCCAUCAAGUUUGAAAUCAAAGAACUAUAGAAGCAAAGAAUCUGCUAAGCAAAGAUCUAGUCGUGAAGAAUUAACAUCUAAACGAGCUUUGGGCACGAAGCUGAAGACACCUCUGGAACUUGAAAGAACAGCCAUACAGAAUGAAUUUUCUUUUCACAAUGACGCAGUCAUAACUGAAGUAGGCAAGUCAACUAAGAAACAUAUUGACUUAAAGUCUAUGGUUUCAUCAACUGCUGAGGGAAAAACUGAUUCUGAAUAUGAAAGAGCAAAUCCAUCAGAAGUAUUUUCAGUAGAGCAUACGAGCAUGGAAUUGAUACCUCCAACACCAUUCACAGAUGAUAUUGCGCCUGGUGAGUGCCAAACUUCAAACGGAGAAGAGGAAUCCUAUAAUAAACCAAUAGACAACAUGAUGGAAAAUGUUCAUCGAUCAUCUAAAGAGCCAUCAAGUUUGAAAUCAAAGAACUAUAAAAGCAAAGAAUCUGCUAAGCAAAUAUCUAGUCGUGAAGAAUUAACAUCUAAACGAGCUUUGGGCACGAAGCUGAAGACACCGCUGAAACUUGAAAGAACAGCCAUACAGAAUGAAUUUUCUUUUCACAAUGAUGCGGUCAUCGCUGAAGUAGGCAAGUCAGCUAAGAAACUUAUUGACUUAAAGUCUAUGGUUUCAUCUACUGCCAAGGGAAAAACUGAUACUGAAUAUGAAAGAGCAAAUCCAUCAGAAGUUUUUUCAGUAGAGCAUACAAGCAUGGAAUUGAUACAUCCAACACCAUUCACAGACGAUAUUGUGCCUGGUGAGUGUCAAACUUCAAACGGAGAAGAGGAAUCCUAUAAUAAACCGAUACACAGCAUGAUAGGAACUCUUGAUAGAUCAUCUAAGGAUACAUCAAGUUUGAGGUUUAAGAGUUAUAAAAGCAAAGAAUCUGUUAAGCAAAGGCCUAUUCGUGAAGAAUUAGAAUCUAAACAAGCUUUGGGCAUGAAGCUGAAGACACCACUGGAACUUGAAAGAACAGCCAUACAGAAUGAAUUUUCUUUUCACAAUGAUGCAACCAUCGCUGAAGUAGACGAGUCACCUAAAAAACUUUUUGACUUUAUGGUUUCAUCAACUGUCGAGGGAAACACUGAUUCUGCAUGUGAAAGAGGAAAUCCAUCAGAAGCAUUUUCAGUAGAGCAUACAAGCAUGGAAUUGAUACCUCCAACUCCAAUCACAGAUGACAUUGUGCCUGGUGAGUGUCUAACAUCAAUUGGAGAAGAGGAAUCCUAUAGUAAAUUGAUAAACAGCAAGAUGGAAACUGUUCAUCAAUCAUCUAAGGGGCCAUCAAAUUUGAAAUUUAAGGAGUGUACAAGCAAAGAAUCUGCUAAGCAAAGACCUAGUGAAGAAUUAGCAUCUAAACGAGCUUUGGGAGUGAGGCUAAAGGCACCACUAAUUCAAAAAACCCAUGCAUUUAAUAUCAGCAUGCCUCAAGCUUCAUUCUCUCUAAAACAUAUCCACCUGAAGAGUUUGAGCAUACACGACAAGAAAAAGAGGGAGCUGAACAAGCCAAAGAUCCGAAUUAAGGAAGUUGGAGACAUUAGAAAACAUAAAGUUGUAGAACUGCAAAGAUAUGCAUCGAAUGGGCCAAAUAUUGUCAAGGUGAAUUCUGCAUUGAAGAAAGCAAUCAAAGUCGUUAGGUCGGAAAGUGACCAUGACAAUCCAACAAUUGCCUGUGAUGCAGUUGCCUUUGUUGCACCAAAAGUGAUCAUUGAUUCAAUUUCACCCCCUUCUAAAUCAAAUAACAAAGCCACCAAAGCCGUUGCAUGCUUUAGGAAAAAGAAAGUCUUGGAAACUUUUUCACCUCCAUCCAAUCCAUCCAUUUAUUCAAAAGGAGUACCUGGUCAAAGAAAUCAAGAGAAGGAGAAGAUAAUUAAGGUUGCUGAUAAUUUGCAAAAUAUUGUAAAUGAAGUGAUUGAGCCAUUGCCAACCCCUUCAUCUAGCAAACCUCGGUUUACCAGGGUACCAAGCUUUAAGCUGAGGAAGAAUAUGACAAUUGCACCUUCUUUCACCAUGAACAAUCAAGCAAAAGCUAGGAAAACUUUUGUCAAGGGGAAAAACACCCGUGCCAACGAGCCUAAUUUGGAGAAGAUAGAUCUUAAAGCAUUGAGACAAAAACUUAGGAAACUCGGAUCGUUUUCAGACAGGAAAAAAGAGCAUGCAACAUCUGGAUCUCAAAGGAGUGGAGGCAAUGAACCUUUUUGGCUUAACGAGGUAUCCCAGGCUCGGAGAACCUUUGGAGAUGUUCACAAAGUUGAAAGGCGGAGUAGAUCACGGAGAGUUAGUUUUGACUCAGAAGACAAAGUUGGGUCAUCUCUCAAGUUAAUUUUCAGUAGAAGUAAGAUUGCAAACCUUCAGCCUAACAGCAGCUCUCCUCCAGCAUGGCUCACAUUUGGGCGAGCUAAAACGGUUGGUGAUUACCAGAAUGCUAAACUAUCACCAACAAAGAGCUUCAGAAGCUGGAUGAAAUCAGAUGUUGGAGGCACAAGUACUUCUCCCUCAAAGUCCAUCAAGGUUAUUUUACGACACAAACAUGCUGAUGAUAAGAAAGUUGAAAAAAAUUUGCUCAACCAUGUGAUUGAGGAAACUGCAAGCAAGCUUGUUGAAUCUAGGAAAAGCAAGGUUAAGGCCCUAGUGGGCGCUUUUGAAACUGUCAUUUCUCUUCAAUAAACCACUGCAGCAAGACUACUUUCUGAUGCUUUGUAAAUACUCACAAAUCAUUUGACUGGCUUUUGUUGGAGGGUCUUGGGGAAGUGCAUUGUAUGGAAAGGGAGAAAUUUGAUAAAUUUGGAUUUGAGUUGCAGUGGCAAACUGUUCCUUGAGGCAUUCUGUGAAUCUGUAUCAGUCAGUCUCAGGCGGUAUGUCUUCCAUUCUUCUGUUUCAAAUGUUAUUCUUCAAACACAAACAAUGAAAUAAUUAUUCUGUAUCAUCUGAAGCUGUAUUUAUUUGAAUGCAUAGCUGUUGGGAUGUAUCACAUUAACGUUAGAUAUA